AUGCUUGUCGUGCUAGGACAGCACAGCUUUUGUGCGGGCAGGAUGCACCCGUCCUCCGGUUUCUGUGGCAUGACUAGCCGUGGCACGAGGUCAGGGCUUGUCCCCAGGUUUGUCUUUGAAGCACCAGAGCCACGGUGCGGGCUAGUGGGUGAGGCUGAGGAACUGGCUGCAGGUGGGUCUCGACCUUUCCCGUGGCUCCUGCAGCCUGGGCUGUGCCCUGUGGAGGGUGGGUGGCCACCUGAUUAUCUGAACGCCUCAGGUGGAGCCUCACCCUUCCUGAAAACUAUCUUCCUGGAUCCUUCUUGCACCCUUCCUGGGACCACCUGGAGGCCUCCACUUACCCAUGGUUCUGGUUGCCCCGGUUGGCCCUGGCCCCUUUCACAGGUGGACAGGGCAGCCUCUGACCACUUAUCCACUCAGGUGUCCUCCCUGCAGUGUUUUUACUUUAAGCUAAAUAUUUUACCUUGUUUUCUGUUUCAAAAUGUGUAUAAUGGUUGCUGUGAGGCUGAAACCGUUGGGUCCUAG